AUUAACAUUUUGAAUUAUCGCAUUUCAUUUAUGUUUUUGAUUGGCACAGUUAAUUGUUUUGUAUUAUACAGCAUUUUUCCAAAAAGCUCUCAGCUCUCAGCAGUUUGAUCAUGGCACAUAGAUGAUGGAAUCAAUAUUAAGUCAUUUAAUGCAAAAGCCAUUUAAGGUUCAGCCAAAAGAGAGAAAGAAAGAAAAAGUAUUCUAAAGAAUGUUUAUGCUGCUCAAAAUGAUCACAUCUGUGCAACUAUAAAAAGGAAAGAAAAAAUGCUAUUUGGAAUACAGACUAAUGCUAAGUAACUUCAUGUUGUUUUUGUGUCAUCUUGGAGCUAGAUAAAUUCGCUAAGACCAUCAAACUUGGGAUGAAAUGCAAAACAAUGCUUAAAAAUGUGGAGGAAAAUGGAUACAGGUGUCUAGAGUACAUUACAGAAGCACAUUUCAAAAGAGAUCAAGUCUACUAAUAAUAGAGAGAAUACCCUUUGGUGCUGUUUUAAGAACUCGCAGGGUUGUUUUCUACAGUAAAGUGAAAAACUUUAUCACAGUCCGACAACAAUGUCAGAAGAUUCGACAGUGUUUCUCGCCAUAUGCAUCAUCACAUUCCUGAUUGGUUUUCCUAAUACUGUGCUGGCAUUCUGCUUGUGUAUUCGCAAGAUUCAUCGUAAACCUAUCCCCAUUGACAUAUUCAUGUUGAACCUCGCUGCUUCUGACCUCGUCUUCCUCACCUUCCUGCCUGUCAAGAUGAAAGAGGCUGCAGAUAACAUGGUUUGGAACAUGCCCGGUGCCCUGUGCCGCUUCAGUCUGUUCAUGUUCUUUCUUCCUCUUUAUUCCAGCAGCCUGUUCUUGGCAGCGAUUAGUGCCGAGCGCUAUGUGUGUGUAGCAUUUCCAGUGAGGUAUAAAAGUCCAAAAAGAUUCAUUUACACAACACUUAUAUGUGUUUUCACCUGGGUGAUUAUUGCAGUAACUUCAGUAUUUACUUACAAGGCAGCAUACUUAGUUUCUAAUGAAGCGGACAACACCACUAAUAAUCGCUCUCUGGAGCCCGAACCUUGGGACUGUUAUAUUAACUUGUCAGCGAAACAGCUGACAGAACUGCUCCCAGUGCGUCUUGGGAUAGCAGUGGUGUUUUUCCUUCUACCCCUCCUUAUCUGCUGCUUCUGUUACAUCAGUUUAAUUCGUAUUUUGAUGAAGUGUCCUCUCUUGAAGCGACAGCUUAAACUCCGAGUAGUUGGACUGAUUGUGGGGACUCUCCUUGUGUUUGCCAUUAGUUUUGCACCCUACAAUGCAUCACACGUAGUGGGCUUCAUCAAAAAAGAAAAUCCAGAUUGGCGCAUGAAAACUUUAAUGCUGAGCACCUUAAACGCAUGUUUUGAUCCUAUUAUAUUUUUCUGUAUCUCUAAGGAUAUGAGAAGGGCCAUCAAAGUAUGUGCAAAGGUCUUGUGCAGUUUUAUGCCUACUUAAAGCAACUUUUUACUUAACUUAAGAAUGGUAUCCCCAAAAUGUCUUCUAAUUCAAUCACACAAAACAAAUGUCCAAAGACAUAUUGUAACCUACACUUAGGGUGUACACGUUUGUCAUGGUAGGCUAUAUGAGCAGAAAAGGGUCCUGUACCUUGGAAAAAUGUCACUGAAAUAACUGACCUGUGAGCAUCACGCCGAUCUUUGUGACAGCACUAAACUGCCUUCAGAUUUACAGUGUCCCUCCAAAGUGUCCACUGCUCCUUGUUCUAGGAUAGAUGCGUUCAGUCGGAAUAACGUUACCCUGCAAGGUCAUAGACAACAGUAGCACAUCUUAGAGAGGUUUCUAUGAUGACAUAAUAUAUCAUUUGUAAAUAAAUAUAACAUAUCGUUCUUUCAUUUAAUAUAAAGGUGUAGCCUAUAUAAAAUAUCCAAGUGUAUUUAUAGAAAUAUUUAAUUAUUAUUAAUUUAAUUAAUAUAAAUUGUC